AUGGAAGCACACAACGCAGCAGUGGCGACCAUCUCGGCGCGCGUCAAGCACUUCUCGGAGGCGCGGCAGCCGUUCCGCAUCUACCACGGUUCGACCAACAGCACGCGGCGGUCGGACAAGCGGGCGGACAACACGGUCGACACGAGCGGGCUGGACCACGUGCUGUCCAUCGACCCGGAGCGUAGGGUCGCCGUGGUCGAGCCCAACGUGCCCAUGGACGCCCUGGUCGCCGCCACCACGGCGCACGGCCUCGUCCCGCCCGUCGUCAUGGAGUUCCCCGGCAUCACGGCCGGCGGCGGCUUCUCGGGCACGUCGGGUGAGAGCAGCUCGUUCCGCCACGGCGCCUUCGACGCUACCGUCGAGUGGGUCGAGGUCGUCCUGCCCACGGGGGAGGUCGCGCGGGCGUCGAGGUCGGGGGAGUGGUCGGAUUUGUUCUGGGGCGCCGCGUCGGCGUUUGGGACGCUCGGAGUCGUGACGCUCAUGGAGCUGAGGCUCGUCCAGGCGAAGCCGUAUGUUCAGCUGGAGUAUCACUUCUCCAAGAGUGUGGGUGAUGCGGUGGACAAGAUGCGGGAGGAGAUGGCACGGGAGGAAAAUGAUUACAUCGACGGGAUUGUCUAUUCGCUUGGAGAGGUGGUGACUUGUGUAGGACGGUUGGUGGACACCGUGCCAGAGGGAGGUAGAAUACAGCAGUUUACAAGGCGGAAGGACCCUUGGUUUUACGUGCACGUCGAGAAGAACAUCCUGCCGCGGCUCAAAGGCCGAGGGCAAAAGCAGAUUGACGGAAAACCCGAAGACGGGAAACAGGACAGCACGAGGAUUAUUACCGAAUACGUGCCCCUGACAGACUACCUAUUCCGCUACGACCGCGGCGGCUUCUGGGCCGCGAGGUGGGCGUUCCGCUACUUCCUCACGCCCUUCAACCGCGGCACCCGCUACGUGCUCGACCCGCUGCUGCACACACGCGUCAUGUACCGCGCCCUGCACAAGUCCGGGCUGGCCGACUUUUGCAUGACGCAGGACGUCGGCGUCCCGUUCGACAAGGCGGUCGAGUUUGCCAACUGGCUGGACGGGGAGCUCACCAUCUACCCACUCUGGCUGUGCCCGCUGCGCCUCCGCCGCGCCGAGGGGCCCGAUUCGGCCCACGGCCUGCACUCGCAGUUUGCCGACCCGGACGCGCCCGACCUGCUCAACUUUGGCGUCUGGGGGGAUCUGCCCAAGGGGAACAUGGACAGGCGGGCGGCCGUCCGGUCCAACCGGCGGCUCGAGGCCAAGGUAGCCGAGCUGCAGGGCAAGAAGUGGCUGUACGCGCAGGCAUUUUACACCGAGGAAGAGUUCUGGGCCCACUACGACAGGGCGUCGUACGAUGCGCUGAGGAAGAAGUACGGCGCUGAUUACCUGCCCAGCGUUUAUGACAAGGUUCGUGUGGAUGUUGAUGCCGAGGAGGCGGCGGAUGCUGGGGGCUCGUUUGGCACGAGGGCCAAGAAGGCACUCUGGAAGGUGUGGCCCGUACGUGGUCUGUAUGGUGUGCUCGCAGCUAUCAAGAGUGACGAUUACCUGAUGCAGAAGACUAGGCGACAGAAAAAGGGUGGUGCAAAGGCUACAUCGUAG